UCACAUUUUUUUUUUUUUUGGUGGUUUCUCUGUAAAUUUUUUUCCCUGUUUAUUGUCGGUCAUAUUCUUUUUCUCAUUUUGCUUGUUUGUUGAAGCUUUUUUUAUUUAGCUUGUUUUUUGCUGUAAUAUUCAGACGAUGUUGAUUUUGGUGCUGUGUAAAAAGUGAAACUUUUUAAGAUUUUUCUAAAUAUCUUUUAGUUUAAUACGGUAGCUGGUAAAUUUGAUCAUGUUUAUAGGAGGAAUUGCCAAUCCUUGAAGGUUUGGCAGCCUGCAGAUCAUAUGCAAAUAACAAUGUGCCGAACAAUCGAAAUCAUCUAUAUUUAGUGACAAUUCGUUCAACAGCUUGAAAGAUCGAGAUUUGUUUUCUAAACAUAAGGUUGUAAGGAUAACCAAAUCUUGUUCGCCGAAUUGCUUCUUUGAACAUGGCAUUGGCAAGGGUUGGCAGGAAUGCCAUGAGAAGGUCAGGAGGCUCCAUUGGCUAUAGCACAAGUGAGAGGACCACCUUUUAUGAGGGAGAAAUCCCACUCAAGUGUUCCCUAUCCUCCCUUGCAAAUGCCAACGCAAAUGGAAAUUCUUGGUACAUAUCUAGCAUUGGGAAGGUGAAUCAUAUGAGUUUCUGGAGCAGGGGAAUGAGGGCAACACCACAUUCUCAGUAUCUUUCUGUGGAGAAGAUUGUAGAGGAAUCUGAUUCAGAGAACGAUGAUAGCAGGUAUCCAGGACUAGGAGCAACAGGGCCAGGUGAAAAGCCGAGGGUGGUUGUCCUUGGUACUGGCUGGGCUGCCUGUCGAUUCCUUAAGGGACUGAACACCAAGAUUUAUGAUGUCGUCUGCAUAUCGCCUAGGAAUCACAUGGUCUUCACUCCUUUGCUUGCUUCCACUUGUGUGGGAACGCUGGAAUUUCGAUCUGUAGCUGAACCCGUUAGUCGUAUACAGUCUGCAUUGGCAGCAAGUCCAAAUUCAUACUUCUAUUUGGCUUCCUGCACUGGCAUUGACACGGACAAACAUGAGGUGUACUGUGAGACCAAUGGAAACGGCAGUUUACCUAAUGAGCCUUACCAAUUUAAAGUUGCUUAUGACAAGCUCGUCAUUGGCUCUGGAGCUGAGCCCUUGACAUUUGGUAUAAAGGGUGUGAAGGAGCAUGCAUUUUUCCUUCGUGAAGUAACUCAUGCCCAAGAAAUUAGGAAGAAGCUCCUCUUGAACCUGAUGCUCUCUGAAAAUCCUGGAAUAACAGAAGAAGAAAGGAAACGCCUGCUACACUGUGUUGUCAUCGGUGGUGGUCCUACAGGGGUGGAGUUCAGUGGUGAAUUAAGUGAUUUUAUCAUGAAAGAUGUCCGUGAAAGGUACACCCACGUUAAGGAUUACAUCCAAGUAACCCUUAUUGAGGCAAAUGAAAUCCUAUCAUCCUUCGAUGUCGGGUUAAGACAAUAUGCAACAAACCAUUUAACCAAGUCUGGUGUUCGCUUUAGGCGUGGUAUUGUGAAAGAGGUGCAUUCUAAGAAGAUAGUUCUUAAUGAUGGAACUGAUGUACCAUAUGGUCUAUUAGUCUGGUCUACAGGCGUUGGACCGUCUGAGUUUGUAAAAUCAAUUAAUCUUCCUAAGGCCCCAGGUGGAAGAAUCGGCGUUGAUGAAUGGUUGAGAGUUCCUUCUGUUGAAGAUGUGUUUGCUGUUGGGGAUUGUGCUGGUUUCCUUGAACAGACAGGAAGGCCAGUGCUUCCAGCAUUAGCUCAGGUUGCAGAAAGAGAGGGAAAAUUUCUGGUGGAGUUGUUUAACAAAAUGGGAAAGCAGAACGUGGGAAAAGCCUUCAGUGUAAAAGACUUCCCAAUGGGAGAUCCUUUUGUGUACAAACACCUUGGAAGCAUGGCAACAGUUGGACGUUACAAGGCCCUGGUUGAUUUACGCCAGUCUAAGGACGCCAAAGGCAUAUCCCAUGCUGGGUUUGUCAGCUGGUUGAUUUGGAGAUCAGCCUACCUUACUCGUGUUGUGAGUUGGAGAAACAGGUUCUAUGUGGCAGUGAAUUGGGCAACCACGUUUGUGUUUGGCAGAGAUAACUCUAGAAUUGGCUGAAAGGACAAUAGCCUGGCUCUGGCUAUGGCUGUAGAGAGCUUGCGCCUCAAUUUUUAAUUCAAUUCAAAGAAAAAGCUUGCUAACCUUUAUGGGAAUGUGGUGUAGUAGGCGGGCAUAAAGUAUACAAAGAAAAGCUUCGGGUAUGUAUGCCUUGAGGAAAAUAAGGGCUUAUGUAUAUGAAUGCAAUUUGGUGCACCCAAAUUACCUCCUAACAUUACUAAUCCAUCUGUUGUGUUGUUACGUACCACUAGAUUGCCAUAAGCUUUACUUUCUUAAUUGAUUUGAGAUGAGCUUUGUAAAAUUGUUGCUUCUGGUGGUUUUUUUAGAUAUGAAAUCAGGAAGUCUGCGCAUUUUGGACAUCUCAUCCAUGGCUGAAGAAGCCAUUCAUUACAAGCUUCAAUUUCAAUUGUAAUGAUUAUUUUACACAGUAUGAUAUAAAUCAACUCAUUCCAUUCAAUAGUAAAGGAUCAAAAAGCUUUUCUGUCCAAAAAAAAAAAAAAGAUCAAAAAGCUAAACAGACACUGAAAAUUGAUAACCCAGAUCUAGAUCCAAACAAACCCUGUAAAUUCUCUUUGCAAAACUACAACA